GUCAAAAACUAAGUUUCGUUAAUUUGUAAUUAAUUUAAUUACUUGCGAGUGACGGGAUAAAUAAUUACGUGUUAGUGAACAGCCAACUUCAACUCGUUGAUUUUGGGUGAGUGGUGGGUGAGACGAGCAAACACGGGUGACAUAAUUUGCAGAACUGAACUAAACUAGUCUUUUUCUCGUGUGUCGUGCGUGACGAAGGAUGGAGGGUCCCUUACUGCAUGAAGGGGGAGGUGGGGAUGGCGACCAGAAGGAGAUGUCUUUCGCACCUGCAACCGUUGACGUCGACAUGGCUGAGAAAUUCUGUAACGAUGAUACUGAAGGGGAUGUGGAGGAGGAGGAACAAAUCCCAAAAGUUGCCUUGAUGGGACACGACCGUGAUGAGAAGAUCCGCUCAGCGGAUGUCGAGGUCAGCUGUGAAGACAUGAACUUUGUCGACAUGCAGCUCUCGGAUAAUAUCAUAAAAGGGUUGAAGCUUUGCCGGUACGAUAAACCGACGCCGAUCCAGUUGAAAGCUAUUCCACUGGGGGGAAUGAAUUAUGAUUUACUCCUGCAAGCAAAAAGUGGCACUGGGAAAACUUGCGUCUUUACAGUCUGCAUUUUGCAGCAGAUUGAUCUGUCGCAGAAAUUAAUACAGGCCAUUGUGGUGACGCCAUGUCGCGAAAUCGCUGUACAAAUCUCAUAUGUGAUGAAAUCUAUCGGUGCCUUCAUGCCUAAUCUCAAAGUAAAGGAAUUUAUCGGUGGAACCUCCGUCGCUCAGUCCAUGCGUCGUUCGACCAACUGUCACAUUGCGGUGGGAACUCCAGGGCGGCUGGCUCACAUGAUUAACGAGGAGCGAAUGGACCUCUCCAACGUCAAAAUUAUAGCUUUAGAUGAGGCGGACAAAUUGAUGGACACCUCGUUCUAUGAUGACGUCAAAGUCAUUUUCAAAUACAUUCCAGUGACGAAGCAAAUGAUUGCAACGAGUGCGACCUACUCUGAAAAUGUUUGCCAAUUUUUGCAAGUUUUUAUGAAAAAUGCUUGCAAAAUUCAGCUCAACUUGGAUGAUCCCACACUCUGUGCGGUCGAUCAGUACAUGAUCGACGCAAAGAAGAUGAUGGGAGUUAGCAGUAAACGAUGGGGUACAGAACCAACCAGAGGACGUGAAAUGGCAGAAAUUGAUGAAGCUUUCGAUAUCAAGUUCAACUGCUUGAAAGAAAUAUUUCGAGGAAUGACGUACAAGCAGGCUAUCAUUUUCUCCAACUAUCAGUUGAGGGCUGAGAAGAUUUAUGACCUAUUGAAAGAGUUGGGCUGGGAUGUCGACCUGUUGUCUGGAGGCCGAAGUCAGGAGGACCGGUUGUUGGCGUUCAUUGGGGCUCAACAGGGGAAAACUAAACUGCUUGUGGCUACAGAUGUUGCAUCAAGAGGAAUUGACAUUGAGGGGGUCGAUCUCGUCGUCAACUUUGACAUUCCAAAGGACAGUGACACAUACAUUCAUCGUGUUGGCCGCACUGGCCGAUUCGGCUCUAGCGGUCUGGCCAUGUCUAUUUGCUACUUUGAUACGGAGCAAAAAGUACUUUCGGAUUUCCAAGUCAAUCUCCACUUUACCCUCUGGGUUAUCGAGAACUCGGAUGAAAUUGGCGGAAUCAACGCUAAGAGCAAAAUUCGUCACGUUACUCGAAAGUUAACUACUGUGCGAGACUCAGAUAUUGGCGAAGGCUUAUUCUCCCUUGCGGGGACAGAAUGUGAGCAAGAUCAGGAAGACUUGAAAGAUAUUGUAAUUUCAAUCGUGGAUCGGGCCUUGGAGAAGAUUUAUCUUGACGAUCCCGAUGUGAUGGAUUCCCGCUGGAAGGUGGGGACCAAGGCUUUCAUUCAGUAUGAAGAGAUGGAUGAAGAGCUUAACCAGGACGCUGGCUUCAUGAGACGGAUUGCGGCUGCUGUUGCGCAACGUCUUGCUCUUGAAACGGGUACUGAGCCUAUCGUGCUGCAGGAUGAGUUCGAUGACCCGUUUUCAAGUGACGAAGAGGACGAAGACUAUGAAUCCAGUGAUGAAGAUACCAAGCUAGAAGACUGAUCACUUAUAGGAAUAAAUUUUUGGUGAUGGAAUAUCUUAACAAAUGAUGUUUUGCAGGACAUUGCAUUAUUUGAAAAAGUUAAUACAAUCAAGUUUGUACUUUGUUAUAUACGCAUAGGUUUGAUCGCAUAGUGCUUUAUUUAUGUUACUAUAAAUAAACUUACAUACGUCAUUA